AUGUCUUUACAAGAUAGAAACCCUUACAGGCAAUUGCCCGAUGAUGCAGACAUCAUUGCUACACUCCACGAUGUCAAGUCCAUCAUGUUUUUGCUCGCAUACAAAAUGGGCAAGGAAGCUCAGCUGACAGACGAAGGCAUCGCCGACCUGAACCGCUUCGCCAAGAUGCUUCGCAACAUCGAAACUCGCAAAGACAUGACCUGGCAGAUUCUCGAUGAAGCCAAGGCAGAAGAAUUUGUCGAUCUUCUUGUCAAAGAGCGCUUGGCGCGGGAGGAGGACGUCGGUGAUUCGCCUCCAUUUCUCUUCUCCACGCGCCUCAUGGAGCUGAAGCAUCACUGGCAGGAACAGCGGACCACGGCGCCUAGACCGCAACCCUGGGAUCCAUCGUUCUCAACUACAUAUAUUAAGCCACUUACAAGCGGCGAUGAAGCUGCCGCAUCCCUCACUGAACUUGGCAUGACUGCGGCGGAGCUUGCUGGCUGCGAUGAGGCCUUUGCCGACCACUUGCGGCGCAGACGAAGAGUCAUAUCCUAUUUAGAACAGCAUCCCGCUGAUCCAACUGGCUGGGAGCCAGCACCAGGCGUGACAAUGGCAGAGGCUAUGAAGGACUCGAACAGCACAACUGAUCCGGAAAGCGUUGCAAAGAGCGAACUCUGGGUACCAAUCUACAGAUCAGCAGCCGACAUUGACCAUCUUGAGUUGUUGACGCCUCCUGGCUGGAAAGAUCCUGAAGAUCCUGCUUUAUCUCCUGAAGAAAAGACAAACGUCCAAGAGAGCAAUGAAAAGGCACACAAGGCAAGAUUAGAGAGCAAGACAGACCCGAGCCGAAAUGCCCAGUCUACCGUUGGAUUCCAGGGCUUUGCGCGUCACAGCUAG